AUGGCCUCUACCUUCACUCUGCUGCUUUUAUUUACAGUUUCUCUCUGUUUUUAUCCGAAUUUUGCAAUAAAUAAAGAAGGCUUGUAUCUGUUGAGAGUUAAAGAUUCACUCUCCGACCCCGCCGGUUCUCUCAACAACUGGUCCGACCGUGAUGCCACCCCAUGCAACUGGACUGGGAUUGUGUGCGACAACCACAACUCGGUUGUUUCAGUCGACCUCACCGGAGCUUCUCUAUCUGGCCCCUUUCCGAUGUUCCUCUGCCGGUUGCCUUCUCUCUCUAGGAUUUGUCUAUCUAACAAUUCUAUAAACUCUUCACUUCCUGUCACCAUUUCGUCUUGCCGGAACCUUACAUAUCUUGACCUGUCGGAUAAUCUUUUAGUUGGCACUAUCCCAUACAGUCUCGCCGACAUCCACUCCCUUCGAUACAUUAAUUUUAACGCAAACAAUUUUUCCGGUGAAAUUCCGGCGAGUUUUGGAAACUUCCGGCAACUGGAAAACAUUACAAUUAUUGAGAAUUUGCUCAAUGGAAAAGUUCCUGGUGCACUGGGUCGGAUAACAAGCCUCAAAUCACUUGAACUUGCUUACAACCCGUUUUCACCGGGUCGACUCCCUCCUGAACUCGGUAACUUGACGAACCUAGAAGUCCUAUGGCUUUCUCAUUGUAACCUUGAGGGGCCAAUUCCGGAGAGUUUUAUUGGGCUGAGUCGAAUCAGGAACUUGGACUUGUCGGACAAUAGACUUACCGGUCCAAUACCGAGUCUGAUUUGUAAACUCAAGAGUGUAGUGCAAAUCGAGCUGUACACAAACUUUUUUACAGGGAAAUUGCCGGCUGGAUGGUCGAAUUUGACUAAGUUGAGACGUUUUGAUGCAGCAAUGAACAAUUUAACUGGGACGAUUCCAGAUGAGUUGUGUGAGUUGCCGCUCGAGUCACUGAAUUUAUAUGAGAACCAGCUCAAUGGUCUAAUCCCGGAAAGCAUCGCCAAAUCCCCAAACUUAUACGACCUAAGAUUGUUUGGAAAUCAACUCAGUGGGUCGCUUCCGAAAGAACUUGGUAACAACUCGGCUCUUCAAACUCUGGACGUGUCACAUAAUAAUCUGUCAGGUGUGAUACCGGAACAUUUAUGCCAAAGAGGGGCAUUGGAGGAGCUCGUACUGAUUUACAAUUCAUUUUCUGGAAAUAUUCCAGAGAGUCUCGGGACAUGUCGGAGUUUAAUGCGGAUACGGAUGCGGGGUAAUAGGCUUUCUGGAGAAGUUCCGGCCGAUUUCUGGGGGUUGCCUCGUGUUUACUUGCUAGACCUUGAAAGUAAUGCAUUUUCGGGAAAUAUAUCACAAAAGAUUAUCGGUGCAAGAAAUCUGUCAACCCUUUCAGUUUCGAGAAACAUGUUAUCGGGGAGUAUACCUAAAGAAACUGGAUCGUUGGAGAACUUGGUCGAGUUUUCUGCUCAUGACAAUCAUCUUGGUGGUGAAAUCCCGAGUUCAUUGGUACACUUAGGACAGCUUGGAAAGCUUGAUCUUAGUAACAAUCAUCUCUCUGGGGAGAUUCCAAGGGGAAUUAAAUACUUGAAACAGCUUAACGAGCUCAAUCUGGCUAACAAUAGGUUAUACGGGGAAAUCCCAGAUGAAAUUGGGAGCAUGCUGGUGCUUAAUUACCUUGAUCUUUCUUGGAAUUCCUUUUCCGGCAGUAUCCCACGAUCACUACAAAAUUUGAAGCUCAAUAUGCUGAAUUUGUCAAAUAAUCAACUCUCUGGUGAAGUGCCGCCUCUAUUUGCUAAGGGAGUUUAUCGGGAUAGCUUUCUGGGAAAUCCAGGUUUGUGUGCUGAUAUUGCUGGUUUAUGUAAUCCAAAAGGAGAAAACCGAAGUCGAGCCUUUUUGUGGAUAUUAAGGUCUAUCUUUGUGAUUGCUGGAAUUGUUUUUCUCGUUGGGGUUGUUUGUUUUGUAUGGAAGUACAAGAAUGCCAAGAAAAUGAACAAAGGAGUUGCUAUGACAAAGUGGACUUCGUUUCAUAAGCUGGGAUUUAGCGAAUUCGAAAUAAGCGAAUGCCUUAAAGAAGCUAAUGUGAUAGGACAAGGGGCAUCGGGAAAAGUGUAUAAAGUUGUUCUUAGCAAUGGGGAAAUAGUUGCAGUAAAAAAGCUGUGGGAAAGAUCGGACAAGAUUGAAGACGAGUUUAAGAUCGAAGUCGAGACACUGGGAAAAGUUCGGCACAAGAAUAUUGUGAAAUUAUGGUGCUCUUGCAAUACAGGAAGUUGCAAGCUACUGGUGUAUGAAUACAUGCCUAAUGGGAGCUUAGGUGAUUUGCUGCAUAUUAACAAGAGUAAAUUGUUGAAUUGGAGGACUAGGUUCAAGAUUGUUUUGGAUGCCGCUGAAGGGCUCUCCUAUUUGCAUCACGAUUGUGUUCCUUCAAUUGUACAUCGGGAUGUUAAAUCCAACAACAUACUGUUGGAUGAAGAUUUUGGAGCAAAAAUUUCUGAUUUUGGUGUUGCAAAGAUUUUGAAGAUAGUGGACCGGGGUGUCGAAUCAAUGUCUGUAAUUGCUGGUUCUCGCGGUUACAUUGCACCAGAAUAUGCUUAUACGCUUCGAGUGAAUGAAAAGAGUGAUAUAUACAGUUUCGGCAUAGUCAUUCUGGAACUUGUGACAGGCCGAACUCCGACAGAUCCUGAUUUCGGCGGAAAAGAUUUGGCUACAUGGGUGUGCACGACACUAGAUAAGAAAGGUAUCAAUCACGUGAUGGAUCCAAGUCUUGAUUCAGCAGAAUUCAAAGAACAAAUUUGCAGGGUUCUUGAUAUCGGCCUACUAUGUACUAGUUUCUUGCCAAUCAACCGCCCUUCAAUGCGCACAGUCGUCAAGAUGCUGCUGGCGUUGGCCAAUAACAUGCCUAGUGUUGUAGAAAAGGACGAUAACGGCGUGCUACUGGAUGAAUUCUAG